CUGGGUUAAGGAUGUAAUGACAUGCUGUAAUUCUGAACUACUGUACAUCUUUCAGAAAAACAAUGUAUAAUGUUGAUUUCUUCUACCAGGAGAGCAUACCCUUUUGGUUCUCUCAGUGACAUUCAGUGCAAUCAUGGUACCCUUCUCGACUGACUUGGAGGCACAGUUUGCUGUGGUUCCAAUUCUGUAUAACAAAAUGUUCCCAGAAAGUAAUACUGGGAUAUUGCUGUUUGGCUGUGCUCAUAGCUUGGGGCUAUUCUUGAACCCAGCAUUGUUCCUUGAAGAUCAUGUGGCUGAAGUAGCUAGGAGUGUUUUUCCCUGUCUUUGGCCGGUAUGCACACAGUGCUCUUGAUUAGAGAAUGUGGGUUGGACCACAGUGGUUUGUGCCUCAAUUAUCUCCUAUUGUAAUUCUGUAUGCCUCUGUAUAGCGUAGUAGUUCCAUAUGUGGAACUUCUCUACAUUGAGCCAUUUACAAUGCCUGGAUGCACCAUAAACCCUUUGAAGGAAGCCUGGAAGAGAGCAGCUGGGAACACAGAAGCAUCUAACUAUGUCCCCAUAGCCUGAUGCAAAGUGAUAUCAUUUUGUUGAGGUCUGCCACAAUCCUUCAGAGAUCUCAGUGGCUGAGACUGGCUCCAGGUAUGGGGUUAGGAAGGGUUGCGGGGUUCUUCACUGGCUUUGAGGUAGUUCAGGAAUGGUGUUUGGGUUGCUGCAGAGAGAGAAACUGAAUACCAACCACUACAGCAACCAAAAAUACAGGUGUAGGGUUUCCACCUGCAUGUAUCCCUAAAGCAUGCCAGCCAAUAUGUGUUUUGCAUUUGGGCUGCCUUGAAGCAUGUUCAGAAGUGUCAGCUGGUGCAAAAUGUGGCAGCCAGACUGCUCCUUCAAUUUGGUUUUCAAUUUGCUUCCAGGUUAAGGGGAAGCGGUGCACUGAGGUAAUAUUUAGUAUAAAAUAAGUAAAGUGCUAAAGCAUAUAUUUGUAUGAAGAAAGUGUAAUAAUUUGUAUUGUAAAAUUUUAAAAAUAUUAAUUUUAAAAGUAACUUUUUGAAUCUGUUAUUAUGUGUUGUUUUUUUAAUCUCAGGAGCCUUCAUGGACUGAGGCAAUAAACUAGAAGCAUUGUUGUCUUCAAGAAAGCUAACUAAUUUUUUUUUCUAAUUUUUAAAAAAAUGGUCAACAGUGAGAUCACACCCGAAGGACGAAGAAUCACAAAAUUAGAUCAGAUUUUGCUAAAUGGAAAUAACAUAACAAUGCUGGUUCCUGGAGGAGAAGGACCAGAAGUAUAACUUAGUUCACUAGCCAACACUGAAAACUAUUCUGUAAUAAUAUUUUGAUGAAACUUUAAAUUUUGUUUUUAUGUUUCAAGUUGAUAUUGAAUAUUGAGUAUAAAGUACAAUUUCCAUUUCAAGGAAGGUACAUCAUAUAUUGUGACUUUGUAAGUUAAAAUCAUGACUUUGUUGUAAAGGCAAAAAAUAAUUUGUUGUACUGAGCAAGGCAAUAAAGAAUUUUUAAGUUGUUUUUUUAUAAAUCUGUUAUGUUGUUGAUGUAAAUACUUUAUGCCAGGUGAAAUUAUGAAACAUAUGUAGUUCUUGUUCUGACUACUUAAGAUUUUUUUUUAAAAUGAUGCUCUGAUUCAUGGACCAGUUAGGAUGUGGUUCCCGGAGUGUGGGAGAUGUCUUCUCUUACAGUUAUCCCCUUAAUUCUUUUCCCUCUUUUUUUCUUUGUGUGCUGAAAAUAGGGGCUAUUAUAAAAUGUCCAUUAAAGUACUUUGUGGUUUA